UACCCGAGGGACAGGAGGGUACUUGCUCUCCGACCGACGAAAGGACUAAAGUGCUAAAGUGCUGUGUGGGAGUUUGUGUCACGUGGUGUCUCUUUUCAUACUGUGUGUUUUGUUGGAGAGAUCUCUUUGGAAAGGGUUGGUGUGACUGAUUAACGGUUGGGUAUUGUAUGUGGAUUCGUCUCUCUUGUCUUCGCCCAUAAAGCCGCCGCGAUGGUGCUGAGGGAUAAGAAUCAGCCGAAACUCUGCUUCGACAACCCCCUGUACAACACGGGCGGGGCCGCGAGGCCGAGCAGCGAGCUGAAGCACGACCCGAAAGGGCCCCCGGCGGGCGCCGUGGCGGAGCACCGAGCCGUCUCGGCGCUCAAGAGCAACAGCUCCCUCCGGUCCUGGAACGAUGACCUGCGGCGCGAGUUCUCCGACAGCGGCCCCGGGCACCGCGGGAGCUGCCGCUCGACGAUGACGGUGACUCCGGGCACGCCAGACAGCGACUUCGAGGAGCACAUCAUUGAGAACAUCAGGAACCGCGACUUCUGGUCGAGGCGCUCGCACAACAACCCCCUGGCGCGCAUGCGGGUGUCGGCGCUCAUCGGCAGCGCCCCCACGCGCGCCUCCACGCCCUUCGACUUCCCUGUUGUCACUAAUGCGGAGGCUGAGGCCGCCGUGCCCUCGGAGGCGGAGGAGGAGGAGGUGGAGCCCAUCACGUCGGAGUGGGCGCAGGAGGCCCUCAGAGAGAGGGAGCUCCGGGAGAACAUCACGUGGCUCAGGAACAACCUGACGGAGGUCUCGAAGGCGGACGGAGGCAAGUUCUCCCUGUCGCUCUUCCUGACGACCAUGAAGAACAAGGAACUGCUACGAAGACUUUUCUCGCUGUGGGACGUAUUAGGAGAAGGUGUGCUUUUGCAGGAAGAGUGGGUCGAUCACCUCAAGUGUUCAAGCAGAGAGGCGGGGGCACGAGAGUGGGCGGAGCUUCUCGAAGUCCUAGCUUACGUCGUGUGCGGGGAAGACGGCGAAGUCACUGAGGAUCUCUUUACCACCAUCCUCACGUCCAGGGGGGUGUUGGAGAAACUCUUUCGUCUCAUAAAUAAAGAUGGCGAUGGACUUGUAAGCCGACAAGAAAUUAUGGAUUUUAUCGCCAACCUCACCUACGCUCGAUUUCCAAAAACAACUGCAACACGCAAGCAGACGUGA